AUGAAGGUCAUUGACAAGAUCCAACGUGCCGAACAAGAAGGUCGUUUCUUUUAUUCAUUUGAAUUCUUCCCUCCAAAGACACCUCAGGGUGUGCAAAACUUGUAUGAUCGUAUCGAACGUAUGCAACGCUUUGGUCCCGAAUUCAUUGACGUGACAUGGGGUGCUGGUGGAUCGUCAGCCGAUCUCACUACUGAAAUGGUCGCCAAUGCACAAGCUGUAUACGGGUUGGAGACUAUGAUGCAUUUGACAUGUACCAAUAUGCCCGUUGAAAAGAUUGAUCAAGCCUUGAAGGCUGCGAAAGAUUGUGGGUGUCAAAAUAUCUUGGCUCUUCGUGGUGAUCCUCCUAAAGGUCAACUCAAUUGGGAAUCAUGCGACAAUGGCUUUGAGCAUGCAGUGGAUCUUGUACGUUACAUUCGCAAGCAGUAUGGUGAUUACUUUUGUAUCGGUGUUGCAGGUUACCCCGAAGGACACAUUGACAACCCUGACAAAGAAGAUGAUUUACGUCGAUUGAAAGAAAAGGUGGAUGCUGGUGCAGAUCUCAUCAUUACACAACUCUUUUUCGACACCAACGCAUUCACUACAUUCGUCACUCGUUGUCGCGAUAUCGGCAUCACAUGUCCAAUUCUUCCUGGCAUUUUCCCUAUCCAAAACUACAAUGGUCUCAAGCGUGUGAUCUCAUUCAGCAACAACCAAGUGCCGCAAAAGAUUUGGGAUGAUCUUGAACCUAUCAAGGAUGAUGAUGCUGCUGUCAAGGAAUAUGGUAUCAAUUUGACGGUGGAGUUUAUUCGCGAAUUCCGCAAGGCUGGCAUCAAUGGCUUCCACAUUUAUACCUUCAACCUUGAACGAAGCACACGCCUUAUUUUGGAAAAGCUUGAUCUCAUGCCGGCCAUGGAGGAUGUCAAGCCGUUGCCAUGGAACCCAUCACUUACAGCAAAGCGUGCCAAAGAGAAUGUACGCCCAAUCUUUUGGAAGAAUCGCACCAAGAGCUAUAUCCAGCGCACCGAAUCGUGGGACGAAUUUCCAAAUGGACGAUGGGGCGACUCGCGAUCACCUGCUUUUGGUGAAUUGGAUGGUUACGGUGUAUCAUUGAAGUAUCCAACUCAGGAAUGUCUAAAGAUGUGGGGCCAUCCAACGUCAACCGAUGACAUUGCACUUUUGUUCGCCAAAUACUGUAAGGGAUCUAUAGCUGGUAUACCAUGGAGCGCACAACAGCUUGAAGCAGAAACCCAGAUUAUCCGACAGCGCUUGGCAGCUAUCAAUCUUCUUGGAUUCCUUACCAUCAAUUCUCAACCCGCGGUAAAUGGUGCCAAGAGCUCGCAUCCUGUCUAUGGCUGGGGUCCCAAAAAUGGAUAUGUGUAUCAAAAGGCCUAUCUCGAGUUUUUUGUGUCGCCCGAGCAGCUGGAUCAAUUGACUGCCAAAAUCAGCAAGAACCCACAAGUGACCUACUAUGCUGUCAACAGAAAGGGUGAUUUGCGUAGCAACAUUAUGCAAGAAGGCGACCAACCCAAUGCUGUUACAUGGGGCGUAUUCCCUGGUGCUGAAGUCAUUCAACCCACCAUUGUUGAAUCCAUGUCGUUUAUGGCCUGGAAGGAUGAAGCAUUCGAGUUAUGGAAUGAAUGGGCCCGGAUUUAUGACCGUGAAAGCGACUCGGCCAAGAUGAUUUUGGAUAUCAUGAACAACUGGUACCUCAUCAAUAUCGUCCACAAUGAUUUCCAAGACGAGAAUGGUAUUUGGCGUUUGUUUGACUUAGAGGUAGACCAAAUUGCCAACCAAAAGCAACAUCUCUUUGAUCUCAUUGCCUAA